AUGUGGAAAGACACGAUAUAUGCAGCAUGGCCCAAGAAGGUUUCGCACAGUGGCUUUACACCAAUGAUGAUGUCUGUACUUGCUGACUCACUGCAAUGCAUGGAGGAACUGAUCAAGGCUUCAUGGGGUUUGACUGAUGAUAUAUCCAGCAAAUCUUCUUUAGACAAAUCUGAUUGGAGUGACCACAAAGAAAUUCAGCAAAUAAAGGAAUUCAUAAGAUCUGCUGUUCUUAAGAUCUUCAUUGAAAAAAAAUGGAGAAUUUCACACCUUUGGCCUGGCAGCAGCCUGCUUUCUAAUCAGGCAGGCUCUGAUGUGAAUGGUAAUAUUUCCGUUGGAGUAACUCCCAUAGGAUUGUCAGCUCGUGGUGGCUUGACUGAGAUUAUCGAAUGCUUACCGAAAGCUGGGGCUGAUGCAUAUAUACCUAAUAUACCCAAGAAGGCUUCGCACAAUGGCUUUACACCAUUGAUGAUGUCUGUUCUUGCUCACUCACUGCAAUGCAUGGAGGAACUGAUUGAGGCUUCAUGGGGUUUGACUGAUGAUAUAUCCAGCAAAUCUUCUUUAGACAAAUCUGAUUGGAGUGCCCACAAAGAAAUUCAGCAAAUAAAGGAAUUCAUAAGAUCUGCUGUUCUUAAGAUAUUCAUUGAAAAAAAAUGGAGAAUUUCACACCUUUGGCCUGGCAGCAGCCUGCUUUCUAAUCAGGCAGGCGCUGAUGUGAAUGGUAAUAUUUUCGUUGGAGUAACUCCCGUAGGAUUGUCAUCUCAUGGUGGCUUGACUGAGAUUAUCGAACGCUUACUGAAAGCUGGGGCUGAUGCAAAUAUACCUAAUAUAAAUUCUCAGAUUGGUUUAGCAGAAGCCCCAGAAAGCAAACAUGGUGAUGAACUUCAUAUUGACAACAAAGACGGGCUGAUGGAGCCAAUUGAAAUUGCUGCAGUAUUUGGUAAACGACAAGAUGUUGAAAUCCUUUUUCCUUCAACAUCCUCCAUUUCAAGUGUGCCAGACUGGAGCAUUGAUGGAAUUAUUACUGAUCUAAAAUUGAAAGUUCCCAAACAACUGCCCAAGAAGGUUUCGCACAAUGGCUUUACACCAAUGAUGAUGUCUGUACUUGCUGACUCACUGCAAUGCAUGGAGGAACUGAUCAAGGCAGGCGCUGAUGUUAAUGGUAAUAUUUUCGUUGGAGUAACUCCCGUAGGAUUGUCAGCUCGUGGUGGCUUGACUGAGAUUAUCGAACGCUUACUGAAAGCUGGGGCUGAUGCAAAUAUACCUAAUAUAAAUUCUCAGAUUGGUUUAGCAGAAGCCCCAGAAAGCCAACAUGGUGAUGAACUUCAUAUUGACAACAAAGACGGGCUGAUGGAGCCAAUUGAAAUUGCUGCAGUAUUUGGUAAACGACAAGAUGUUGAAAUCCUUUUUCCUUCAACAUCCUCCAUUUCAAGUGUGCCAGACUGGAGCAUUGUUGGAAUUAUUACUGAUCUAAAAUUGAAAGUUCCCAAACAACUGACAAGGGACUACAAAGGAGCAAAAGUUCUAUUAUUUAAGUGA